AUGUGCGGAAAAGGUGUUGAUAAAGUCAAACUAGACUUUAACUUUGAUGAGACUAUUACGGAAACCAUUGACAAGGCAAAAAGUGUUCAACAAUGGUUAGAGUUGGGGUGUAGUAAUUUCGAGCAAGUAGAAACAAUUGAUUUUAGUGAGGCAACCGAUGAUAUUAUAGAUUUAUAUUUAUACAAAUUGGGAAAACCAAUUGUACUAACAAAUGCCCUUCAUGCACUUGCUGAAGGUGCCAUGGAAAGGGACUUGUCUAUCUUAGAAACAGAUAAGAAAUCAUUUAUUGAUCAGUAUUUGAAAAAACAAAUGUCAUUGUUUCAUUUGAAUUAUUUGCGUGAUGUUUGUGGAUCAUACGAAACAUCACCUAGAGACAACAUGACAUUUGAUGAUGAAAGUAUGUCUCUUAAGGAAUAUAUAGACUUUGUACAAAGUGACAAGAAUAUCCGUGCUCCAGAUCGUAGAAUCUUAUAUGGAAAAGAUAUUAGAUGUCCUGACGAAUGGCAUGAAUAUUUAUUUAAAAAUCCAAGAUUUCCUGAAAGAUUCAAAUACAAAGGUGGAAGAGAUUUGUUGGCCAAUACAGAAAGAAAAGUACAAUCAAUUAAUUUAAUGAUAUAUGUUGGUAAUAGUGAAACAUUCACUCCUGCUCACAAAGAUGUGUGUGGAGCCCUUGGUCAUAACAUUAUGGUUUACGCUGAUAAUGAAAGAACUCAUGCAAUAUGGUGCAUUCUAAAGUAUGAAGAUUUGGAUUUGAUUAGAAAAUUUUGGCAACAAAACGGUGCAUUCUUAGAUGAUGACAAUUGCUUUUUGCCAAUACAUAUUUUAGCAAAAGCACCAUUUACAGUGUACUUGUACGAACAAAAAUGGGGUGAUCUCAUACUUCUUCCCCCAAGCUCUCCUCAUCAGGUAUUGAAUAUGGGAGGUAAAAGCAUCAAAGUAGCAUGGAAUACACUUUCAUGUCUAGCACUUCCAUAUUCUUAUGAGAUUCUAGAUGAAUACAGACGAUUUGGAAAAUCUCAAGUUUAUAGAAUCAAAGCUGUGACGUACUAUUCAAUGAUUAGCUAUACAAAAAAGGCACAAGCUUUUAAUUCAGAAAAUAUUAGUUUAGAAAAGGACCCUAAACGAUUUUUCAAUGAUUUUUUAAUUUUACUUCGAGUUUUUGAUGACAUUUUAUUCGAAGAAUCAAUAGAUUCCCCCUCUUUCAAAGAUACCAUUGCCAAAAAGCUUCCCGAACCUCGCAGCUCAAUGCACAGGAGAUAUUGUAACCAUUGUAAAGGGGAUAUCUUUAACAGAUGCUUCCAUGCUGAAGAAUUUGAAGAUGGUUAUGAUUUAUGUAUGGAUUGUGUGGCGGAAGGAAGAGGAUAUCUUUAUAAGGACUCUCUUCAACUUAUGGAACAUAUCACCUUUGAAGAACUAAAGGCCAACUUUAAAACAGCCAAAGAAGAAUUCCUUAGAUUUUCUCUCCUUUCAAAUAGGCCUACUGUAAACAAUAUGUCUGAUGUAGAGAAGUUGAUUCUUUGUAGUAGAGAUGCCAAUAACACUGUGUCAAUAUCUACAAUAGCAUGGAACAAUUUACAAAUGUUGAAAAGAGAUUCAUAUGCAGAGGUAUUUUGUCAUCAAUGUCAAACUCACAAGUCGGACUAUCUUUUUUCUGAAUGCUCUAAAUGUCAUUUGAAUUACUGCAAUCAAUGUUUAUGGGAUAGAUAUGCGCUCACUCUUUGUGGUUGUAAAAGAGUUUGUAAUUGGGUAUGCCCAAAAUGUAAUGAUGCCUGUAACUGCAAGAAUUGCUUACGAAGUAGAGAUGUAGACUGUUUGGAAUAUUCUACAAAUGUAUUAUCAAGACUUGAUGAUAUCAAGGAGAUUUUGCCUUUCUCUGUUGGUGAUGUGAAUGGUGCUAAAAUAGAUAACAAAUUAAGUAGUGUAAAUGAUUUUCAACCUAAACCAAUCAAACAAAUUCUUGAAUCUAAGCGAGCUAAGCACCUAUUAGAUAUAGCUGACUUUCCAAUAGAAACAAAUCUUGAAGAUAAGAAACAAAUUGCCCAACUAGGUGAAUAUUCCCAGAAAAAGAGAAAAUUAAUUAUAGUGAACAAGAACCCCAAGAGAACAAAAUUGAAAAUUAUUCAUAACAGAAAUCAAGAUCUUCAAGUAGGAGUUUGUUACACGUGUAAAAGAUCUAUUUCUACACAAAUUGUUUUUCAAUCCAAAGUUGAAAAAUUCAAGUUUUAUUGUGAUUUUUGCAUUAACAAAGAUUCCACCUUAGACAAAAGUAACUUGAUAGUGUUUGAGUAUUUAUGUGACAGCUGCAAAACAACAAUUAUUGGGGUAAGAUUCCAUCAUGAACCAACAAGCACGGAUUUAUGCCAGAGAUGUUAUGUUUCAAAUAGCUUCCCCAAUGCCCUCCAAGAAUAUGAGCAAACUUUUGGGUGUGGAGUUUCCAAAUCUUUUGAGAUUAAGGUACCAGAUUAUGCUGAUCUCAAACAAUAA